GGCCUUCAUUGGCCAGAGCUUUCACUCGAUAUUAUUCACGUCGGCUGUCUGGCCACGGCUGCUCUUCUCAUACAUUUGCUCGACCGAGCUUCGCUUCUUCUCCUUCACACACAUCCCAAUGGCUCUGCGCACACCUUUGACGCGCGCCGCGAGGCGUGCUACGUCGACAGCGACCGCCGCACCCGCUCUUUCGGUAUACAGCGCGCAAUGGAGGAGAGGCAAUGCUACGGUUGCCCCCGUCACACAGAGCACCGGCUCGAAGAAGGGUACUGCUAUCGUCUUCAUGAACAUGGGAGGGCCUUCGACGACAGACGAAGUUGGCAGUUUCCUGAGCAGGUUAUUCGCUGAUGCUGACCUCAUUCCCCUCGGCCGCCUCCAGAACUACAUUGGACCCCUGAUUGCGCGACGACGAACACCGAAGAUUCAAAAGCAGUAUGCUGAGAUUGGUGGAGGGUCACCCAUCAGGAAGUGGUCGGAGCACCAAGCGGCAGAGAUGUGCAAGAUGCUUGACCAGACCUCGCCAGACACCGCUCCUCACAAGCCCUACGUCGCCUUCCGCUACGCAGACCCCCUAACGGAGGACAUGUACAAGCAGCUGUUGGCAGAUGGCUAUGGUGGUGGUAACGGCGGCAGAGCUGUGGCGUUCACGCAAUACCCUCAGUACUCCUGCUCCACCACUGGAUCGUCACUCAACGAGCUGUGGAAGUGGAGGACAAGACUCGAAGGCAAGAGGGGCACAGGAGAGGUCGAGUCCAAGGGUGCAAUCAACUGGAGUGUCAUUGACCGCUGGCCGGCACACCCGGGUCUGGUUGAGGCCUUUGCAGAGCUGAUUGAGAAAAAGCUGGCCGAGUACCCAGCCGAGCGAAGAGAUAACGUCAUCUUGCUCUUCUCGGCGCACAGUCUGCCCAUGUCGGUCGUCAACCGCGGCGACCCCUACCCCGCUGAAGUCGCAGCCACCGUCUACGCAGUCAUGCAGCGACUGGGCAUGAAGUACAAGUAUCGUCUGGUGUGGCAGUCGCAGGUCGGACCUCAGCCAUGGCUCGGUGCGCAGACCUCAGACACGGUCAAGAACCUGAUGAAGAAGGGCCAGACAGACAUGCUUUUGAUCCCUAUUGCAUUCACAAGCGAUCACAUUGAGACCCUGUACGAAUUGGACAAGGAAGUCAUCGGCGAGGAUGCUGAGGGACACGAAGGUGUCAAGCGUGUCGACAGCUUGAAUGGCAGCCCCACGUUCAUCAAGGCGCUCGCAGAUCUUGCAAAGUCGCACUUGCACAGCGGCGAAGCUUGCAGCCCUCAGAUGAUCCUUAGGUGUCCAGGAUGCACAAGCGAGAGGUGUCUGGCGCAAAAGGAGUUCUUUGCCAGGCAGUCUGGGCAGGACAAGCAAGAGGCCGCCGCGGCGUAGACCGGGAGAACACGGAAUGUACACCUUGUAUGAUAUUGUACGCUGUCUAAGAAAUAAUGACAAUCUUGGAACCU